UGUGUGAGAGGAGCUCAGGGAAGUCGCUGGGUCUCUCCAGAGCGCUGCGAAUAAACAUGGCGGAGACCGUUCGCUCGCAGUUUGACCGCCGGGAGCCUCUGGCGCUGGACAGGGACAGAGACGGAGAAGCCAGCAAGCCACCGCUGCCGCCGACGCCUCGGGGACGGGGUUGCAGUCGGAAGAGAAAGGGCACGCCGGUGAAAGUGUGUGAUAGAGUCUUUGCCACAGAAGACGAUGAGGAGAACACGUUGGAGCACGGCUACGGACCAGGUAAUGGUCAAGAAAGAACAGAGAACAAACACAGAUCUGGUCCAUACUGCACCGCUGAAUCUGCUCAAGCCUGUCAUGCUGAGACGGGGGAGCAGAGCUCCAGCAGCGGGAGGGGAGCUGUUCUCUACCCGCCGCCCAACUGCCGCAUCCGGGAAGUGCACUGUGGCAGUCAGGUGCGUCUCGUCGUCGUCGCGAUUCGCGACAUCACCAAAGGCGAGGAGAUCACCGUCGACUACAAUCCGAGCGAGUGGGGGGAAAACGCCAUGACGAGGGGUUUACCUGGCUCAGUGCCUGCUGCAGCGAGCGAGCCAUCUCCUGACCAGGAGAAGAACAUUAAGAAGGAGGAGGAGUCUGGGUCUGGUCCCGUAUCAGAUUUUGUCACUCCGUCCUGGUCUCUUUCUCCUAAAUCCUCUCAGCUCUCUCACUCUGAGCUCAGCGACUCUGAUGACGCAGAACCGCGCAGCCGGACGCCUCGUCGCCGCAAAAAGCAUCGCAAACUGUCCUCUUCUGCUGCGGCGAACACUAACGCUAACUCUAACGACAAGAGGAAACCGCCUCAUCCCCCGCCUCACCGGCCACCGGGCCGACCUCCGUCGCAGCCUCUGCCGCACUCGCUGCCCUCGUGUCCCCCGCAGCCUCCUGCCCCCUCCAGGCCUGUGUUUAAAUGCCCCGCCCCCGCCGGGGUAGGGGGCAGCACCGUUAACGUCGGCGGCGGUCGAGGCGUGAGCCCCGUGACGCAGAAGCAGUGCUGUGUGUACUGUGGUCGCCAUUACCGCUCUCUCCAGCGCCAUCUAGACAAACAUCACGCCCACCAACCAGACGUGCGUGCAGCCAUGUUAAAAUCACAAGGCUCCGCCCACCUGCCUCAUCUCCAUGCCUCUCUGCCUUCCUCCUCCUCCUCGUCAUCCUCUGCCUCAGGUCACAAUCGCAACCACAGAGACGCCAUCGUUAUACCCACACAACAGUCUCCGGCCCCUCCUCCUCCUCCUCCUCCUCCUCCUCAAUCUGUUUCUCCAGCCAGAAAAAACCCUGCUCUCACAAGCCCCUCCCCUCGCAAAAGCCCCGCCCCUCCUCCACCCACGACACCCCCCAGAAGGGGCGGAGGUGUCCCUGUGUCGGUGCUGAAGAGAAGUCCACCCACUCCGGUGACUCCGCCCAGGAAAGCAGGACGCAAAAAGAAAGAGACAGAAGAGCUGGACGUGAUGGAGAAGAUGAAAGAGGAGUUUGUUGAGGUGUUGAAGCAGGUAGAAGACCCUAAAGUGGAGGAGGAAGAGAAUGAGGAAGAGGGAGAGGAAGAUGACGACAGCAGUGCAGAGGACAAGAGUGACCUGUCCAGUUCUCGCCGUCCGCACAUGCUGCCGCUGCUGUCGUCGCUCUCAUCCCUCGUGCUGUACCUGCGGCGUCUCCAGCACUCAGCCUUCAUCUCUCUCUCACGCUCCCCUCAGUCAGCUGAAGCCUGGCGUCUGCUCUGCCACUCCAGCCUGGCGCUUCUGAUCCUCUACAACCGCCGCCGCGAGUGCGAGGUCUCCAAACUCACCAUCUCCGAAUACCAGGCUCGGGUGACCCCUCAGUCCUCGGCUCCGUUGCCCCCCAGCGCUCUUACACCCCUCGAAGCCUCCCUUUCCCCCUUCGAGAGACUCGUGCUGCCCCAUCUCCCUCGAGUGGGCGUCCAGGGCAAACGAGGGCGAGUGCAGCCCCUGAUUCUGCCCCCUCACUCUGAACAUUGCUUAGAGCUUCUCUUACAGACGAGGGCAGGAGUCGGGGUGGAUCCUCAGAACCCGUAUGUGUUUGCUCGGCCAUACCAUUCUCCCGCCACCCCUCUGAGAGGCACCGACCUGCUCCGAAAUCUGGCCAAAUCGAGCGGGACGCGCCACCCGAGGGCACUGACGCAAACACGCGUGCGCAGACAAGUCGCAAUUCUUACCCAGUUACUGAUGCUGAGCGAAGGCGAAGAGGAGGGACAGCGCGGAGCCGCGCAGCAGAGACUAGAGAACUUCCUCCAGAAGGAGUACCAUGUGACCCAGAGCUGCGCUACUAUUGGCCAGGAUCCGGGGCUCAUGGGACUGAUCGGGCGCGUGGUGCUGUGUGGGGAGAGAGACGGUGUACUGUUCCGGGGAAUGAGUCUCCAUCACAUCUGUCUAGAGCUGGAUGUGAUGUCGGGGAAUUCUGCGGAUUCGUUGUCGGAGGAAUCAGACGGAGAGCAGGAGAAGGACAAGAGCGAGUCUCCUACCAUCAUGAUGAAAAAGUCCUCCAGCAGCACCAAACCCCCUCGGCUCAAGAAGAUGGGCGCCUCUCCCUUCUCUCCCAACCGCAAGAGGGGUUCAGGACAGCCCAAACCAGGUAAGCGCGGCGUCCUGAAGCGUCCGUGGUCCGAGGCGGAGCGGGCGGCGGUGGAGUCCCACCUGGUGCGGAACAUCAUGGAGCUGCGCGUCCCCGCUAAAGCGGACUGCGAGCGCUGUCUGGAGCAGUGUCCGCUCCUGGUCACCAACCGCAGGGACUGGAGAGCCAUCAAGUUCUACUGCCACAACCGCAUCCAACUGCUGAAAAAAACCCAGCAGAGACAGAGCCCGCCCACCCUGUCCGUCUGCUGAGACGGCCAAUCACAAAGCCCGCUAGGGAAAAGUAGGAGGAGUCAGAGGUAGGGAGAGAACGUGAGGAUUUCUUUAAACCAGACUAAAGCUGUACAGAUAUGAAGGCGUUUCCUGUUCAUGCACAAUCACCAGAUAUUUUUUAGUUUAGGCUGGAAGACUCGAACCGUCAGCGAUUCUGCACAUAGAAACAGAAAUUUAUUAUUAUUAUUAUUAUUAUUAUUAUUAUUAUUAUUAUUAUUAUUAUUAUUAUUCUGAUUGGUUUAUUCUCCUUCUCAUGUUAAUUUAUGAGGAUUUGGGCGAAAUGGAAAAUGUAUCCUGUCAAUAUCGUGAUAUUUCUGAACACCGUGAUACAUCACGUGUAUCACAAUAUUUAGUUUUUAACUAAAAAAAAACAUCUUUCUGAACAUCUGUACGUGCUUUUUUUUAUUAUCUAAAUCUUUAUCGAGGAUAAACCUGCACACCCUGUACUCGAUACUCAGGUGUAUCGUGAUGUUCAUAUAUCACAAUAUCGAUAUCAGACGAUCAUAUUGUCCAGCCCUAAUAUAUAUAUAUAUAUAUAUACACACAGAACAACACUAAGUUCUCUAGUUGUCCCUGAGGUCAGCUUCUACUAUUUAUCCGACAGAUUUGAACGUUUCAGUGGCGCUCGUUCCUCGCGAGCGACACACUGCGCCGUCUGUCUUCAUCAAAUCAUCAGAGCCGCUUUGUUUUCACGCAGAAAUUAAAAAAAAAAUUUUUUUUAAGUGUCAAGUUUGCAGCGUAUUCGACACAUUUCCUUCUAAAGCGUACACUCGACCUUUUCGAGAAAAGAAGAGCCACGCAU